CCAAUGAUGCUCGCUGCAUAAAUACUCCUGGCAGUUUCCUGACCCAAAUGAUGUGAAACAUAUGCUGACUACACAACUCUUCUUAGGUGUUGUAGCAGCAGUUACUUUUGUAAUCUUGAUAGCAGUUUGUCUUUGGCUACGCAAAAGGCUUCAGAAGAGGGAAGAAAAGAAAGCUAAACAAAAGUUUUUCAAGAGGAACGGUGGAUUGCUUUUGCGACAACGUAUUCCCUUUAGUGAAGAAAGUAGUGGUGGCUCUUUGUUAAAGCUCUUUUUCAAAGAGGAGUUAGAGAAAGCAACAAACAAUUUCAGUGAAAGUCGAAUUCUCGGAAAAGGAGGGGCUGGUGCUGUCUACAAAGGAAUGUUAUCAGAUGGAAGCAUUGUAGCUGUGAAGAAGUCCAAUAAAAUGGAUGAAGAUCAAAUUGAACAGUUUAUAAAUGAGAUACUUAUUCUCUCCCAGAUAAAUCACAGACACAUUGUCAAGGUACUUGGCUGUUGUUUAGAAAUUGAAGUUCCUUUAUUGGUUUAUGAAUACAUCUCUAAUGGAACCUUGUCAUCCCAUAUUCAUGGAAACCUUAGUCACAAUUCUGAUCCUACUGUCUCAAAACCAUCAACAAUAAUACUAUCGUGGGACCAUCGCUUGCGAAUUGCUGCGGAAGUAGCAUGGGCCCUUUCUUACAUGCACUCAUGUGCUUCUACUCCCAUUCUUCACAGAGAUAUCAAAUCAAGCAACAUAUUAUUAGACGAUACUUUUAGAGCAGUGGUUUCUGAUUUUGGACUUUCGAGAUUAUUGUCCGUUGACAAGACUCAUUUAACAACACUAGUAGGGGGUACAUUUGGUUACAUGGAUCCACAAUAUUUUCGAUCUGGUCAACUUAAUGACAAAUGUGAUGUCUAUGCAUUUGGUGUAGUUCUUGCAGAGCUUCUGACAAGCCAAAAAGUUGUCUCUUCAAACAUAAUAGAAGAUCCAGGUUUGGUCAAACGCUUUACAUUAUUAUUGAAACAAAAUCUCAUUUUUGAGAUUAUAGACACUGAAAUUAUAAAAGACCUUGAGGAUGAAAAAGUGAUUCUUGCUGUGGCUAAGCUUGCCAGGAGAUGCUUAAAUUAUAAUGCACGGAGAAGGCCAGGCAUGAAGGAGGUGGCAGCUGAGCUUGAUCAACUAAGAAAAAGGGGGCAAGAUAUACCUCAUGAUGAGUGUUUUCAAGAUAACAUUUCUCCAAGAAGUGAAAGUUCAUAUAGUUGUAAAUCUGAUUGUACAGAAGAAGAUAAUCAGAACUUAGUGUCUCAUGAUUAACUGAACUAGCUACUUUAAUAGAAACGAAAGAAGGUUGCUUGAAAUGGUUUGCCUGCGUCGACCUCCAGAUGCACCGGUACAUAGGUACGAAAGCAUGGUGAGUGAUGGUGCUAAAAGGGGGACGACGUAGACCUAAAAUCACAUGGAAGAAAAUGGUUUGGAAAUACCUAUAAUUUCUUGGAAUCCAUGCAAACUAAAGAUAGGGCACAAUGGAAGAAAAAAUUUAUAUAGGUGAUAUCAACUAAGUAGGAAUAUAUUUGUCAUGUUAGCACAUUUAUGUAUGUAUUAACAAGUGUAAUCGUUUUAUGAAAUGAUUAUUAGGUGAUAAUACUGAGGAAGCUCCGUACUAAUAUGUAGGUGAAGGAUUCUAGAAACUAACUUGUCGACGGACGACAAGAAGAAUUAGGAUUUUGACUGCAUAUGGGGUUUCAGAAGUAGAAGCUUAUGUAGGUGUUUUUCCACCGCUUGAACGCUAAGGGUGUGGAAGUUUAAGACUAGCUAGUAUAUACUGUCCCACAUAAUUUGUUAAUAUGGUUUUUUGGUUUAUUAUCUUCUGCCCUUUUAACUCUGCCUAUACAUAGAGUAUAACCAGUGUCAAUUCAGCUUACCUUAAGAUAUAAUAAAUUGUACGCGAAAGGAUACAGAUAGUUCAUGUAUCCGAUCUCAACUAGUUUGAGACUGACGUGUAAUUGAUUUCUGAUUCAUUACAAAUUGUUAUGAAGUCAGAGAACUAUUAUAUA